CUGUAUACAGGAAGCUAACAAAGUUGUGGGAUUUCCCCACAGGCUGACAAAAAGUACUAAUAGAAUUGUAGAGGAAGCAGAUGCUGGGGAAGGAGCAAAAUUCCAAGGUCUCUCAUUUCAGUGGAAGCAUAAAGCAGAAUUGGAUCAGUGGAAAGCAUGAAGUGCUAGAUGAAGAGGCUUGAAACUAGAAAGUGAACAGAAAACUGAGUGUAAAGACCUGUGAAGUUCCAAAAGGUGAAAUUCAGCAAUGAUACCCUGUGGAAAGAAACGUAUUUGUGCUGUUGCCACAUUUAUUCUUAUUUUUGCAACUGCUUUAAUCUCCUACUGGAAAGAUCCUCAGCUACAGAAUAACAUCGCCAGAAAAAUCUUUCCCCAGGCAACAACAGCCAGUCCAGUGGGCCAGCUUUGUAGGGGCAAACCUGCUCAAGAUGUUAUAACGCCAUUAACAGAUAACAGAACUUUUAUUAUAUCCCCAUACUUUGACAACAGAGAAAACAAAGUCACUCGUGUGAUCGGGAUUGUUCACCAUGAAGAUGUAAAAGAACUGUUCUGCUGGUUCUGCUGUCAGCCUGAUGGAAAGAUCUAUGUAUCAAAAGCAACAAUCGAUGUUCACUCAGAUAGAUUUGGGUUCCCUUACGGUGCAGCAGACAUAGUUUGUUUGGAACCUGAGAACUGUGACCCAACGCAUGUAUCCAUUCACCAGUCUCCACUGGGAAAUAUUGACCAGUUGCCAAGCUUUGAGAUCAAAAACCGCAAGGCUGAGCCCUUCCCUGUUGACUUCACUGUGUGCAUCUCUGCCAUGUUUGGCCAAUACAACAAUGUUUUGCAGUUUAUACAGAGCAUGGAGAUGUACAAGAUUCUUGGGGUACAGAAGGUGGUGAUCUAUAAGAACAACUGCAGCCACCUGAUGGAGAAAGUCUUGAGGUUAUAUAUGGAAGAAGGAACUGUAGAGAUAAUUCCCUGGCCAAUAAACUCGCACCUCAGUGUUUCUUCUAAAUGGCACUAUUCUAUGGAUGGAAAAGACAUUGGCUACUAUGGACAAAUCACAGCUCUAAAUGACUGUAUAUACCGUAAUAUGCAGAGGAGCAGGUUUGUGGUUCUUACUGAUGCUGACGAAAUAAUUCUUCCCCUUAAGCACCCAGACUGGAAAACCAUGAUGAGCAGCCUGCAGGAACAGAACCCAGGGACUGCUGUUUUCCUCUUUGAGAACCAUAUCUUCCCAGAAACUGUCUCCACUCCCAUGUUCAACAUCUCAGCUUGGAAUACUGUGCCUGGUGUUAACAUAUUAAACCAUGUUCACAGGGAGCCUGACAGGAAAGAAGUUUUCAAUCCCAGGAAAAUGAUAGUUGAUCCACGAAAAGUGAUUCAGACUUCAGUCCACUCUGUUCUGCAUGCUUAUGGGAACAGUGUGCACGUUCCCAUAGAUGUUGCCCUCAUUUAUCACUGUCGGAAGCCCCUUCAAGCAAAACUUCCCAGAGAAUCCCUCAUCAGGGAUACGACACUGUGGAGAUACAACUCAUCAUUAAUUAUGAAUGUUAACAGGGUUCUCUAUCAAACUGUACUGUAAGCUCAAAAGUGAAACCUCGGUCAUAAGGAGGGAACAUGAAGAGCUGCAUGUGUUGUAGGGGAGGCAGAGGAAAUCAUUUGAAAAUCCUAAAAUGAAAUUCACUUCCAUGUGAAGUUUAGGUCUUACAGAGGUUCAGGAGAACAUCCCUGCUACAUACUAUACAAAGGUAAAUGCAUUUGAUUUGUGAACUGAAUCAAAGUAU